AUUGUUUUAUAUUGUGCUAAAAUUGUAUCUAUGAAAGCAGGAUUUUAAGAAUAGUAAACAUAUUUUGUCACAUAAUUCGUACUUCUUUUUUAAUUUGGGCCGUAUAUUUAUUUCGUGGCUUCGAGCUGCAGCUGUAGUAUUAAUAAUAACAGUGUUUUCGUGCGGUUGAUAAGUAUUCAUUGUUUCGAGAAAAGAGCAAGCUUUUCUCCCAAAAUUACGCGUUCUAGUUGAAAAUCAUCGGUCUUUGACAUAACCUACUUUACAAAUUUAAGAAAAUUCAAAUGCCCCAGGUCAAAAUCACUGUAAACUAGUGUAAUUACUCCAUUAUAAAAUAACUAAAUAAGUUACAGAACAUAGAUACAUUUAAAAAGUACAAGUUGUUGAAUUGUAUUGAAGUUUGGUCUUUUAUGUUAAACUUCAUUUAUUAAUCUAAAGAAGAAAAGUAGAAAUGAUUAUCACUGUGAAAAAUUUGCAGCAACAGACAUUCACUAUUCAAUUCGACCGCGAAAAGACGGUCCUCCAAUUAAAGGAGAAAAUAUAUGAUGAACGCGGACCGGAAUACGUUGUGGAAAAGCAAAAGCUUAUAUAUGCAGGUGUUAUACUAAAGGAUGAACGGACCAUAGCUUCAUAUAAUGUAGAGGAAAAAAAAUUUGUUGUGGUAAUGCUCAAGCGAGAUGUUGGUAAUUACUCACAAAAGCCAGACGAUGGCGCCUCAUCCACAUCUUCUGAAACUCCAUCGACCCCUUAUAGUGAAACUUUAAAAGAUACUCCGAAGAAUAAAGAUGAAAAGAAGAAAGUAUCCAAAGAAAAAAGUGGUGGAAAUGGAAGCUGUCAUGAAGAGACGAAGUCUGCAGGCAGUGGUGGUAGCGGCGGUAGUGAUGACAGUGACGGCAGUGGUGAAGCUAGAGCUGUUUUAGAAGCUGUAGGCAGUAAUACCAGCAUCUUGUCUACUGGUUCGACUACUUCUCUUUUGUCGCGCAGCAGUGGUGGUUCCGAUAGUUCUGAAACUAGCCAUAGUACAUACUCCAGUGGUGAUCUUGCCGGCGUCUUCUCAAACACGUCUUUGCAAUCACGUGCUGAAUCUAAUUUACUCAUGGGUGAAGAGUUCAAUCGUACAGUCGAAUCCAUGAUAGAAAUGGGUUAUUGUCGUGAAAUGGUUCUACGCGCUUUGGCAGCUAGUUUCAACAAUCCAGAACGGGCAGUAGAGUACCUUAUUAGUGGUAUACCCGACGCACCAGAAGAAUUUAAUGCAGCCUCAGCAGCUGUCGCGGCUAUUGGGGAAAGUGUUUCAAUGCGUAGCAUCGCCGCAAGCAAUGAAGACAAUAACACUUCUCAAGGAGAAGCAGCUUAUCGACCAAGUGGCGGCGAGAGCGUCGGUCCCAAUCCAGUGGCUAGUGGUGACAACUCAACUACUCACCAAGGCGAAGGUCGCUGUGCAGACCUAAGCCCUGCUGGAAGUCAACAAGGACCAGGUGCUACUGAAGAGGAUCCUUUUGAUUUUUUGCGCAACCAACCGCAGUUUGUGCAGAUGCGUUCCUUGGUGUGCGAAAAUCCGGACUUAUUGCAUGCAGUUCUGCAACAGAUAGGACAUACUAAUCCUGCUCUACUACAACUAAUAUCGGAAAAUCAAGAUGCUUUCUUGAGCAUGCUUAAUCGGCCAAUGGAACGACAUUCUGAUGACACUAGUCCUAGUCACCAAUAUCCACGUCGUAUGACACCAGGGCGACGUGCACAACUAGCAGCUGCGGCGCGUGCUGCAGCCGGAGGGGAUGGCUUUCAUGUUCAUGCGCUGGAUACUGCCCCAGGUGCUGGUGGGGAUGGCCCUACAACACGCGAACAUCCUACAGAUGGUGGCGAUGCGGGAGCUGACAGCAUUCUACGUGAGAUUUUGCCACCUCGCACAGACAGAGCAGCAGAGCGGCGUCGUGCUAUUGCCGAAGCCUUCAUGCGGGAAAGAGCUGCUGCUGCUGCUGAAGUGGCUGCAUUAAUUGCUGCUCCUCCUGCUAUUGCUUCUUCGAAUUCUACUGCUGCUGCUCCUACCGAUUCUGCUGGCACUUCUAUCGCCGUUCCGCAUGAUACGGGCUCAAGCGUAGGUGGCAAUACAAACAUACCUGUAACAGAAACUGUGUCUGUUUCUGAACCACCUGUUUUGGAGAGAACCGCCGAUGGCCAAAGUUCUUAUGUUAUUCGUCUAACUGCAGAAGAUAAAGAUGCUGUUGAACGCCUUAAAGCUCUCGGAUUUGCAGAAGCACUAGUAUUGCAAGCAUAUUUUGCUUGCGAAAAAGAUGAGCAAUUAGCUGCAAACUUCUUGAUAUCUACAUCAUUUGAUGACUAGAAAGAGAUACCAGAAAUCUAAACAAAAUCAACUAAUUUUUAAGCAACACCUGCUAUGUCAUAUGAUUAACGACAGCACUGAAUUCGUUUCUCAUGAUUUGUUUUUUUUUUUUUCUUGUAUUUAAACUGAUCCUCCGCUCUUUUGUAAAUAAACGUGUUGAAAUUUGAACUCUUUUCGGCUUCCUCUACUUAUGUAAUAGCGGAGCGCUAUAUGGAAGCAAAUGCGACAAAAAAUUCUAAAAAAACUUAAACUUGGGUUAUUAUGGGUUUUGUUACAGAAUGAACUGUAUUUUAAUUGAAAAUUCCUAAAAACAAAUAAAUAAACAUGAGUGGGAAACAAUAUCACUUUGAAAUGGGGGGGGGCUAUUGUAUUGAACCAUACUGUAUAUACCGAAUAAAAGUCAGUACUUGAUGGCAUCAUAUGUAUCUCUUUAACAUUAUCCUUAAUUCCUUGUUUUUUUUUCAAAAUAUCGCUAUAUAUCCUCUGAUUUCAUUUAGAUUUUUUUCUUUAUAUUGGAGAGGAAAAAAUGUGCUGAUUUGUCAAAUAUUUCUUACACCAUAUUUGUCAUACACCAUGUAAACUGGAGAGAUUGAAAUACUUAAUAAAACCGAGUUAUUUCAGUAUUUAAUAGUAAAUUUAUCAAGUAGCACAGAACUUCAGCAUUAUUUUUUAUUCCAACGGAAUCAACUUCUAGUCGCUUUAAUUAAACAUACUCCUGAAUUUUCAACACGCCUAUUUUCUUCAGUUUGUAUAUGGGGCUUUAGUUGAAUCCAUAGUAGUCCAAUUUUUUUCAAGUAUACUAUGUUCUCAGCUAUUUGGAUUCAGUGAAUUUCACGAAAAUCGUAUCUGCAAGAUUUCGAUUAAAAGUCGAAUAUUGCCUCGUACUGCAUUGCAUGUAAUGCUGUACAGUGAAAAUUAAUACGAUGUACAUAUACAUAUUCCACUCGUUGUAUAUUUGAUGGAUUAAGUUAUAUAUACUAUAAACAUAUUUUAAACAAAAGGCAUGCAUUAUUAUACUCUUGAAAGCGAACCUUCCGAUUUUUAAUAGUAGUUGCUAUCUUAAGCACCACCCCAACAACUAAAUAAGCAUUGAUUUUUCGUUCAACCAGAAGCUAUUAUAUUAAAAAUGUUUUGAUUUUACUUCAGCUAGCGGAGAAACUUAAUGAAAGUUUUUCCUUGUGCCUGCAGAUAACUUUUUUGUUAUUGUUCAACUGCAUGGACUAAAAAUCUUUCAAAUAUACUAAAGAGAACCAUACACCACAAAAGCUAAACGAAGCGUAUAAGUAACGAGUGAGUUGGAUUUAUUUAUUUUAUAAUCAACUGCUCGGUGUAUUGGAUAACUUGCUUUAUCCAUAACUCAUACAUGGCGUAAGUUGUGUAUACAGCGAGAACAAAAGUUGUUUUGAAACAAAUAAAGCGAUAUAUAAACUGAUUAACUAGAUAGAACGCAAAUUAAUAUGUACGUAUUGUAAUUGCAAUUAAAUUGAUUAAAAUGCCGUAGAAACGGAAAA